GCUACACUGUAUUUGCACAAGGAAGAGAUAUUUGGUCUGACAUGUUGCUCACACUAGUCAAUAACGUGAAGUAAAUAAACCAAAUGAUAUACAUAACCAACAAAUUUAAUAUAGCAGGUUACGUUGUGACCAUUCACAAAAUUGUUACGUGAGAUAUUCAGGAGAAAUGUUUUACUGCGCUUGUAAAAGGUGGUUAGGUCGGCACAUCCACAGAAAAUUUUCGACCGCUCGGGUUAAACCGCCCAAAGUUUGUAUAAUAGGAAGUGGGCCAGCGGGUUUUUACACAGCUCAACAGUUGAUCAAAAUAUUGGGAGACGUCCAAGUAGACAUCUACGAAGGAAUGCCGGUCCCUUUCGGUUUGGUCCGGUACGGUGUCGCCCCUGAUCACCCGGAAGUGAAGAACGUCACCCACACGUUCACCAAGAUCGCGCACAGUCCGAACGUGAGGUUCGUGGGGAACGUGAGCAUUGGGCGCGACGCCACCUUGGACGAGCUGCGGCAGGCGUACCACGCCGUGCACUUGACGUACGGGGCGGAGCAGGACCGGGAGCUGGGCGUGCCCGGGGAGCACCUGGGGAACGUGCUGUCGGCGCGGCGCGUCGUGGGCUGGUACAACGGCGUGCCGUGGGACCGGGACCUGCGCGUCGACCUGGAGGCGGAGACGUGCGCGGUCCUCGGCCAGGGCAACGUGGCGCUGGACGUCGCCCGCAUCCUGCUCACGCCCGUCGACGCGCUCAAGAGCACGGACAUCACGGAGCACGCCCUGGCCGCGCUGGCGCGCAGCAAGGUGAAGGAGGUGGUGCUGAUUGGCCGGCGCGGCCCGCUGCAGGCGGCCUUCACCAUCAAGGAGUUCCGGGAGAUGCUCCACCUGCCCGGCUGCCGCGCCGUGCUGGACCCCGGGGACUUCGCGGGGGUGCGGGAGGAGAUCCCCGUCCUGUCGCGCCCGCGCCGGAGGCUGACGGAGCUGCUCUGCAAGACGGCGUUCGACCGGCCGGGACCGAGGGGCGGCGCCGAGCCGGCCGGGAAGUCCUUCCGCCUCGUCUUCUUCCGCACGCCCAAGAUGUUCGUGCCCCGGCCGGACAACCCGGACGUGGUCGGGGGCGUGGAGCUGCUGGUGAACCGGCUGGAAGGCACGGACGCGGACCGCCAGCGCGCCGUGCCGACUGGCGCGGAGGACACCGUCGAGUGCGGCCUGGCCAUGCGCAGCAUCGGCUACCGCAGCGUGAAGGCCGACCCCGAGAUACCGUUCGACGACACCAGGGGCCGCGUCAAGAACAGCCACGGGGUGGUGGAGCCCGGGUCAGAUCGGCCCAUCCCCUGCAGCCCGCGUCGCUGGUGGAGCCAGGUGCGCGUGUUGGCAGGCUUGUACUCGGCGGGCUGGGUCGCCACCGGCCCGAUGGGCGUGAUCCUGUCCACGAUGACCAACGCGUUCACCGUCGCCCAGGCGAUCGCCGCGGACCUGCGGCAGGGCGCGGUGGACGUCUCGGUCGACCGGCUUGGCUUCGAGCGGGUCGGCGCGCUGCUCCGGAGCAGAGGCGUGCAGUGGGUCAGCUUCGCGGGCUGGGAGCGGAUCGACGCGGUGGAGCGCGAGCGCGGCGCCCGCGCGGGAAAGCCGCGCGAGAAGAUCCUCGACAUCAAGGAGAUGCUGGCCAUAGCGGCGUCCGGGAGCUGAGACGUCUCGUUCCCCCGGCUGGAGGGCCGUCUCGUCCCACCGCGUGCCCUUGCUUCUGGGCCGGCGCGAAGCAACCGCCGAGCGGAUCGGCCGAAACUCUUAUUCUAACACUCGAUUUGACUCCGCCAGGAAAUUUUCCCGUUCGUUUCGUGUGAAGCUUUCGCGUCUGAUGUGAAGCUAGGAGUUUGUUGCAAAGCUGUGAAAUGUCGGACGCCUGAGCUUUUUUUGUAAGUCGUGUACAUUUUGCUCAAAUAGAGUUUUGAUUACUUAAAAAAAAAUUAAAUGCUCUGUUUUAAAACUA